CCGCGCGACGAACAUCUGAUUCAAACCUCGUGCGCGCUCGCGGUCGGUGGCUCGACGGCAUUUUCGCGCGCGCAGUUUUUUUUUGUUCCUUCUCCCGCGUCCGUUGGCGCAGGCGCGAGGAGUGAUCUCGAGGCCGGACAAAGGACGCGCCAGGAGGAUUACAGGAAGGAGCUCCCCUUACCUGCGCCGUGCGAACAGCUGCGCGCGGGCUGAAAGACGCGACCGCCACAGCUACCAGACCGGCGCCAUGGAGCGCGACCUCCACGCCCGCGACGUGGUGGGAGUGCAGGACUUCGUGCUGCUCGAGGACUACCAGAGCGAGGAGGCGUUCGUCGACAACCUCAGGAAGCGCUUCAAGGCGAACCUCAUCUACACGUACAUCGGGCAGGUGCUGGUGUCCGUCAAUCCUUACAAGAACCUUGACAUCUACAAUGCCGAGACCAUCAAACGAUACCAAAGGGUGCUGUUUUACGAGGCUCCUCCACACAUAUAUGCAGUCACAGAUGUAGCAUACCGGUCUCUCAUUGAAGAAAACAGAGAACAAUGCAUUCUUAUAUCAGGAGAAUCGGGUGCAGGAAAGACCGAAGCAUCCAAGAAAGUGCUGCAGUUCAUCGCAGAAGCUGCGGGGAACAAGAACCAAGUCGUGACUGUGAAGAACAAACUCCUCAAGUCCAACCCUGUCUUAGAAGCCUUCGGGAAUGCAAAAACAAACCGCAACGAUAACUCUAGUCGUUUUGGGAAGUACAUGGACAUAGAGUUCCUGUUCAAUGGUGAGCCAGUUGGAGGAAACAUCCUGAACUAUCUUCUGGAGAAGUCUCGUGUGGUGCAUCAGUUCCCGGGAGAGCGCAACUUCCACGUAUUCUACCAGCUGUUGUCAGGAGCAGACAAUGAACAACUUGCAAGGCUGCAUCUCAAGAGAAAUUUGGACACCUACUUUUAUCUCACCAAUGCAGACAGAGACAAAGAGUUUUCAGAAAGCGACAACAAGAAUUAUUUGGAGGUGGUGGAAGCCAUGAACACGAUUGGCAUUGACAAGAAGGAGCAAGAUGACAUAUUUGCGAUUGUGGCAAGCGUGCUGCACAUGGGAAAUGUUGGUUACAUUGAGGACGAGGGGAAGGCAGAAAUCCUCAAACCAGAAUGUGUAGAGUCAGUGUCAAAGCUUCUGGGCUGCAGCUACAGAGAUCUGAGCGAGGCCUUCACGCACAGGACCAUCGAGGCCCACGGCGACGUGGUGGUCACCCCGCUGAACCGGGAGCAAGCCAUCUACGCCCGCGACGCGCUGGCGAAGGCAGUGUACGACCGGCUCUUCACCUGGCUCGUCAAGCGGCUCAACAACUCCCUCAAGGCGCGGGACUCGCACAGGCACUCCGUCAUGGGGAUCCUGGAUAUUUACGGCUUCGAGAUCUUCGAGAGGAACGGGUUUGAGCAGUUUUGUAUUAACUUCUGCAACGAAAAACUGCAACAGCUGUUCAUCGAACUGACUCUGAAGUCGGAGCAGGAGGAAUACCUGAAGGAAGGGAUCGAGUGGGAGCCCGUCGAGUACUUCGACAACAAAGUGAUUUGUGACUUGAUAGAGGAGAAGCACAAAGGUAUAAUAGCACUACUGGAUGAAGAAUGUCUGAGGCCCGGAGACGCCACCGAUCUGACUUUCCUGGCCAAGACGAACGACAUGUUGGCGUAUCAUCACCACUACAUUAGUCACAUGAAAGCAGACAUCAAAACACAGAAAACAAUGGGCAGGGAUGAAUUCCAGCUUGUUCACUAUGCAGGAAUUGUGACGUACAAAGUCAAAGGCUUCUUAGACAAGAACAAUGAUCUUCUGUUCAGAGAUCUCAGAGAGGUCAUGUCAAGAACGUCAAACGUUAUAACAAAGGUGGUCUUCCCUGCUCAUGAACUGUCCAGCAAGAAACGCCCCGACACAGCAAUCACUCAGUUCAAAGACAGUUUGAACAAUCUUAUGAAAAUCCUCAUGGACAAAGAGCCUUCCUACAUCCGCUGCAUCAAACCAAAUGAUUUCAAAAUGCCGGGCAACUUCUCCGACAACAUCGUGACGCACCAGGUCAAGUACCUGGGCCUGAUGGAGAACCUGAGGGUGCGGCGGGCGGGCUUCGCCUACCGCCGGCCCUACAAGCUGUUCCUGAACCGCUACAAGUGCCUGGCGCCCGAGACGUGGCCGCGGUUCCCCGGCUCCCCCCGGGACGGGGUUCAGGUCAUAGCCGACCGCCUGGGCUACCAGAGGAACGACUACCGGAUGGGCAAGACGAAGAUAUUCAUCCGCUUUCCAAAGACUUUGUUCGACACCGAGGAUGCGUUCCAGCUGAAGAAGCACGAUAUUGCGGCAAUUAUCCAGAGCCACUGGAAGGGGCUGGUCCAGCGGAGGAAGUACCAGAAGAUGAAGGAGUCUGUCGUGAUAAUGCAGAAGUGGGUCAGGAGGUACCUGGCGCAGAAGGAGGCGGAGAAGCGUCGCUGGGCCGCCGACACAGUGAGGAGGUUCAUCAAAGGCUUCAUCACCCGCAAUGGCCCAGAGACAAAAGAGAACAAAGCGUUCCUGGAACUGGCAAAAGCACAGUACCUGGUUCGUCUGUCGAAAAAUCUUCCUACCAAAGUAUUGGACAAAUCGUGGCCACCUCACCCUUUCGUGUGUACUGAGGCUUCUAGACAUCUCCACCGAAUCCACAAAUCGUGGCUUGCCAGGAAGUACCGUUUGGCACUAAGUGCUGAAAAGAAGAGACAGUUUGAAUUGAAAGUCCUCGCUGAAUCCCUCUUCAAAGGCCAGAAGAAAAGUUACGACAAGAGUGUGGGUUCGUGGUUUGUUGACGACAGGUUGGCAGACGAACAAAAACCGCUGAGGCAAAACUUUGAAAUCAACACGUUGCAGAAUGGAGAGAAGGUUCUGUACUCGACAACAGUGGUAAAGUACGACCGCCAUGGGUACAAACCGCGUGAGAGGGCAUUGCUGCUGACCAACGCAAAAUUAUACGUCUUGGAUGGGAAAACCUUCAAAUUGAAGCACAGCUUACCUUUGGACUCCAUUCAUGAAGUGGUGCUGACGACAGAGUCUGACAACCUGCUGUUGCUUAGAAUACCUCCGGAGUUGAAGAAAGACAAGGGUGACCUUAUUCUUGAAGUGGACCACAUCAUUGAAGGUGUCACAAGAAUAGCUGAUACAGCAAAGCGGCCACAAAUGGUUAAAAUUAUUGAUGCUGCUAGCAUCUCUCACAACCUGAUUGGUGGAAAGCAAGGUGUGAUUGACAUCACAACAGGCACAAAUCCACUAAUAAGCAAAACCAAAACUGGUCAUCUUCUUGUGGUUGCAACUCCAUAGUCUAAGAGAGUGCUACAAACCACAUUUGCACAAGAUGGAACAAUGAAGUUUAAGAGUUAAACAGUGCCUGGUGUGACCUUAAAUUAUUUAAGAAUACUACAUGUUCACAUCCAAUGUGUUUUUAUAAGUGCCAUUAAUGUUUUAUCUUUAUGCUUUUAUUUUAACACUGUGAUCCAAAGUACUUAAAAUGUGUGCAUAUUUUGACAUGAUGUAAUUUCAUUUCAGCAAGCUCAUGAUGUAGCUUCCCUUCAGUACUGCAGAAUGUAGACUCUUAGUCUCCUGUUAGCAUUUCAAUGAUGGGCUUGCAUGGUUAACAUUUUGUAAAAAUAUUUUUAAUGAUUUAUGGUGAUAUGUUUAAGAUUGAUUGAUUUCUUAAGUAGGUACCUACGUUGUGUAUCAUAGAAGUUGUAAUGUAAUUAUUGUUAAGAUAUUGUGAUAUUGUAAUUUCAACUUGUGUGAGUUAUAAGUGUAUCAGUUGAGUUAUUUUGAUGUUUGUAAAACUGAAAUUACAGUAAAUUUAUUCUUCCAGCAAAAA